AUGCCGAGGCUGUCCUUCUCGCUCGAUUCCGGCGACGGCAGGCGCAUCAACGCUCCGGCAGCCGCGGGGCUCGCGCUUGCGGCGAUUGUGCUCGUGCGUCGGAUCACACGUCCGCCUGGCUUGGCGUUCGGUCGUGGGGAGAAAGACGCGCAGGGCGGCGUGCAUGAAGCGCAGCUGAUAGCGAAGGAGAAGCCGCAAACGGCGCUCGAGGGCCUGCUUCUGUGCGCGCCGUCGUCGCCCCCUUUUGUGCACCUCAAUCGGGACGCGGCGCGCGCUGCGGUGCCUUCGUGGCCAGGAUGGCAGCAGGCGCGGAAGGACGCGAGUGAUGAGGAAGUCGCGAGCGGGCUGACGCCCGUGCAGCUGGCGCGCAUUGAGCGCCGGAAGAGGAAAAAGAAGCAGAAGAAGGCGGCGAACAACGCGGGCGAUGCGAGCCCCGGAGAGCAUCCGUUCGCCGCGCUCAUCGCAGAGGUCACUGAGCGCGGCCCCCUGGAGUGGGAGUACCAGGAAGCCGCCGCGAGCCACGCCCCGCACAAGCCGCCGCCGACGUCACGGCGCCAGGCGGUCCUCGUGGAGUGCGCCGCGGCCCUCCACGCCGCCGUACGGUCCCUUGCGGGCAAGCGGCAGGUCGCGGUGGACGUCGAGCACCACGCGUUCCGGUCCUACUACGGCCUGGUGUGCCUGGUGCAGCUCUCGGACGGCCAGACCGACUGGGUGAUCGACACGCUCGUCCCGGAGGUGCGCGCGGCGAUGGGCGAUGCGCUGCGCCCGCUGCUGGCGUCGCCGGACGUGGUGAAGCUCGUGCACGGCGGCCGCAGCGACGUCCUGUGGCUCCAGCGCGACUUCCGCCUGUACCUCGUCAACGUCUUCGACACAUGCGUCGCGGCGCACGACGCCGGCGAGGACGGGAAGAGCUUGGCGGUGUUGCUGCGGAGGCACUGCAACGUCACGACCGACAAGGCGUUCCAGCGCGCGGACUGGCGCGCGCGGCCGCUGACGCGGGCGCAUCUCGACUACGCCCGCACGGACGUGCACUACCUUCCCUUCAUCGCCGACGUCCUGCGCCGCGAGAUCUUCCGGCGCGGCGGCGCGCCGGCCGUCCACCGCGCGCACACCACCAUGCAGGCGGUGACCGCCGCGCUCUUCCCGCCGCCGGACCCGCAACGCGCCAUCAUGCAGCAGGUCACCGCGUGCAUGAACAAGGCGCGCUCGGCGGCGCGCGCGGCGGGCGUCGAGGCCGACGGGCAGCAUGCGAUGGCCCGUACGCGCUGCCUCGAGUGUGCGGCCGCACUCGCGGUGUGGCGCGACGGCGUCGCGCGGGCGACCGACGAGUCGACGCAGUACACGUUCCACGACGAGCUCGUCGCGGCGGUGGCCGCGCAGGCCGCGGUGUUCGUGCGAGAGGACGGUGCGUUGUUGGAAGAGGUGACGGAUGAGGCCGUCCGCGCGUGGGUGCUCGAAGCGGCGCUGCCGCGCGACGUUCGGGGCACGGAGGCUGCGGAGAAGGCGGUCGCGCGGGCGCUGGGGGCGUUUUCGGAGGCGCGGGGAGGGGGAGGGAGUGUUGCGGACCGGUGCGGGGUGUGCUCUGCGUGUGUGGGCGCGAAGCAGCGGUGGCGGCUCGCGGUGCACAGCGCGCUGCUGCGCGCGGAGGAGGUGGCGCGGACGACGAUGGAGGUGCUGCGCGGGAGCAGCCGUCGGCUGAAGGAAUCGGAGGCGGUGCACGUGCUGCGCGAGGAGGUGGCGGGGGGGGGUGUCGGUGACGGGGGUGUCUCGGCGGCCGCGGGGCCCGAGGCGGGCGUCGUCGAGGCGGACCAGGGCAAGACGGGCAAGUUCAAGCAGGGGAAUCGGCGGGAACGGAUCAUCGCGACGUUCAGCGCGAAAAAAGAAGUGUAUCAGAAUUGCAAGAUGUUGUCGAAGGAGGGCGCGUUAUUGUGUCACUGCGACAAGAAGAAGGUGGACUGGUAUCUGAGCAAGGGCCUCGCGGACCUAGAGUGCGACGACCCCCUCACGAUCCGCCUCCGCUUCCAGCACAAGACAGACGACCAGCAGGCAAAGCAGGAACAGUACUACACCGCGGCGCGCACGAACCAGUGCGUGGGCUGCGGCGAGGCCGGCCACUACCUCCGCUACCGCAUCCUCCCCUCGUGCUACCGCAAGCGCCUCCCGGAAGCGCUCAAGAGCCACCGCUCACACGACAUUGUCCUGCUGUGCGUCGACUGCCACGAGGUGGCCCAUCGCGGCGCCGAGGUCGAGAAACGCCGCUUGGCGCAGGAGCUCGGCGUGCCGCUGAACGCCGGCGGGCUCGAGUGCUCCGCGAGCGACGCCAGCGGCGCGACGUGGCGCGUGUCGCCGUCGACGGUGCACCGGGCUGCGCUGGCGCUGAAGCGGCACGGCAAGCGGAUGCCGCAGGAGCGCCGCGCGGAGCUGGAGACGCUCGUGCAGGCGUACCUGGGGCGGCCGGCGGGGGCGCCGCCGCCGACGGAGGCAGACGUAGACAGGGCGGCGCUGGCGGGGCUCAGUGGGGCGAAGAGGCGGAAGGUCCGGAGGCAGCAGGCGGCGGAGAACGGGGAGGACGCGCCGGGGGAGGGGAGCGAGGAGGAAGGGGACGUGCACGAGGACGCGUCGGGGCACUGGGUGCACGGUCGGCUGCUGGUCGACAAGAUCGCCCGCGAGCGGGGCACGGAGGGCCUUCUCGACCUCAUGGCUCGGUUCCGCCGCGCAUUCGUCGAGCACGUCAAGCCCCGGUACCUCCCGGAAGCCUGGCACGUCCUCCACAGCGCAACCAGGGGGUUCGGCCCCUUUUCAGUAUACAGCCAGGUCUACCGCGAGAACGGCGCAGACGACGACUCCAGCGGCUCAGACACCGACGAGGCGCCGUGCGCCGCCGCGUCGCCGCGGCCGGGGCCCGCCGCGACGAGCAGCAGCGCGGCGUCGCAGCUUGUGGCUGGUCUGGCGGACUCAGGGGGGGGACUCCCAGGGCUGGGGCUGCGCGAGGACGCGGACCUGACUGCAGCCGGGCGCGCGAGGACGCAUGGUCUCAUCGGCAGCCGGUCCGGGCCGAAGUAG